CAGAGUUGGUUUCUUGUUGAGGGGUUUGCAUGGGGUGUCAGUGCCAAGCUUUCAUACUGGUUUGUCUCCUUUUAUUUUGUUAUGUUCACCUGCGUGCGGAGAAACAUGAGGACGCUUGAGGACGUUGUGUUAUGGGGCUUCAUGGUGGCUGCAGUGAUCACCUUGGGUCAGUCGAGGCCAAACACCAAGCUCAAUUUGCAGUCAAGCAGUGGUUUACAGUCAGAUUGUGCGGGUAAUCUGAUGAGGCUGUUGUUGGACAAGGCUCUGGCAGUGGGGAGCCAGCUCGAGGUGGAAGCCAUCAAUGGCACCCAGCACAUUGUGUUGACACCCAGCCUGGCUGCUCAGUGUGGAUACAGCAUGGAGUCUGACCCAUGGGGCAACACCAGAAUCUACACCUCUCUGAUGGGCUGCUAUGUGGACAACAAAGAAGAUACAACAUUUAACGUUGGUUUGAGACUCCGGCUGUUCAACCAUCAGAGUCCAUCAAAGGUGGCGAGUCACGACGUGUCUCAGACAUGCAGCUACUCUCGGUGGGCCACCAGAGAGAUUCUGUGUGACAGGAACUACAUGGAAGUGUCACACCACAUGGCCACACCUGCUGCUCAAUCUAAGGGGCAGGCUCAGGAUGAUAAAGACGACGCCAACGCCAUCCCUGGUGAAUCAGGUGAAGCACAUGGUAUCUGGAAAAUGACGUUUUUCACCCCAGAACCGGUUCCGAUGGUGCUGGCAGAGGCGAGACAAGCCGGUUACACUGCCAUGACUACUUCAGCCCGUCUGGUUAUGCGAAGCCCGUACAAUAUGGCAGAGACUUACUCUGAGGAAGUGGCUGGGAUCCCCAUGGAGGUUUUCCGGGUGAGCGCUUACUACAAGGCACCUCACGGUUUGAGUGUUGUGAACUUGGCAGCUGCUUGUCCCACAGGUGGCGUCCUCUUUACCGAGGAUGUGAUUUCCUGGUACGUACCUCGCCGUGUGACACCUUUGGUAGAUGGCACCUUUAAAACCCUAGAAAUGCUCAUGGGCAUCAACGGGCAGAGGCUGGAUAAAUCUCAGAUGACCGCACGAGGGUACACACUAUCUGUCACAGAUUUUCACAUCGUCAUCGAGAUCCCAGUGGGCUCACCUGAUGGUUACUACAAGAGCCAUGCCCCAGAUUACCAGUACCACAUCACGUACAGUGUGGAGCCCAUGCUUGAGGUGCUGUGGAAGGCAGAUGAUACCCAAGAUGAAACCAGAUACAAGGUUUUGUUCCCGAUUACCACCCCUCUGAUGCCCAGACCGCCACAUGUCAAAGAUGAUACUGUCCCAGAGAACAGGAUGUUCAGUGUUCACUUGGGAACCUUUCUUCAUGACGUAGAGCUCAAGAACAUCACCUUUUCCACCGUGGUUCUCACUGUUGAGGAGUGCAAUGCUGGAGGCUUUGCUGUCCAGGAGCAUCGCUUCCCCAAUGGAACAAAAAGCUUCUCCCUAAAAGUGCCCUUUGAUGCCAACGUUGUCCUGAAACAUAAUCCGGAACCCUUGGUUACCGUCUACUUCCUCCCUCUGGUCUUUGGGUUUGUUCUUCUGCCAGAAGAGACUGCAUUUGCCCACUCUGUGGAUUUACAGGCAUCUCUGCAGGAUGUUGUGCUACCGACCAUCACUGGCACCUGCGACCAGAACGUCUUUUACAUCAGUGUGAAAUAUGGGAAUCGAGGCCCUGAUUUCCAGACCUUGGUUGGGUAUCAGCAGCUAACCCCUGACCUGGGUGAGAUCUACAACACCAAAGUCAAUGACACACACUUCAGCCUUGUGGUGCCGUACACGGCCACGGACGCAGCAUACGAGCUAAUGACCUCUGAUUCAAUCAGAGCCAGACUAGACAUUCUACUGUGGGAUCCAAACAACAACUGGGUGCUUAGUGAUCUCUAUCUGGCCUGCAGUUUCCCCUUGAAGGCAACUGAGUGCCACCCAAAUGGAACAAUGACCGCAAUGGCUGUGAAGGUGGAAUCGGUGCCCAAUCUUGUUCCGAGCAUGCUGACUCUGAAGGACCAAUCCUGCAAACCAGUUUUUAGCAAUGAUCGCUUUGCUCAGUUUUCUUUCAGCGUUGAUUCCUGUGGGACCACUAGAAUGUUUUUUGACAACUACAUGCUGUAUGAAAAUGAGAUUGGCCUGUAUUACAACAACAAGAAAGGAGUGGCAUACACCUCACCAGUCGAUCCCGAUUAUAGGCAAAAGGUUUCCUGCUACUAUGUGGUCAAUGACACUCAGACGUUUUCCUACAACCCUGGAACAAUAAGCAAAGAACCUGCAGCCGAGAUUGGAUCAGGACAUCUGAUGGUACAAAUGAGGCUGGCCGACGAUUCAUCAUAUGAAUACUACUACCAAGCAGAAGAUUAUCCAGUAGUGAGCUAUCUGAGACAGCCCCUGUUUUUUGAGGUGGAGCUGAUGCACUCCACUGAUCCCCAGUUGGCACUCACCUUGGAGAACUGUUGGGCCACUCUUCAUGAAGACAGGACAUCUCUGCCCAGUUGGGACAUAAUUGUGGACUGCUGUGAGAACAACGAUGACAGAUAUGUGACCAUCUUCCCCCCUGUUGUGAGCGACAGCAGAGUUGCCAUCCCAUCCCACCUCAAACGCUUCUCCAUGAAGAUGUUCACCUUCACCAAAGGUGAAGAUGUUCUGAAAGAAGAGAUUUAUGUCCACUGUGAUGCAGUGGUUUGUGACUCAAACAGCCAAGCGGAAGGUUCCUGCAGAGGCCAGUGUGUGAAUCCUGCUGGCACCAGUGAUUCCAGAUAUCAAGGGAUGAAAGGAGUUAAAAGGGAACGAAGAAGCACAGACUUGAGCAAACAAAGGCAGAUCUCCUCUGGACCCAUUGUUCUACUGAACAUGCAAACCUCUGAAUAAAUGUUUCUUAAAACAAUA